AUGGCGCAGCGCGAUGUGCUUGCGCCAUUCCACCUUCAAAGUCUUCGUAAUUAUGCCGAAUCGUACGAUGCAAUCCGCCGCGGCCACCUCAUGCCCGCGGCGAGUCAGCGCGUAUCCAAGCACACAGGCACCCAAGGCAAGAUCACUGACCCGGAAGGACGUCUCGCGCCGGAGCGAAUCGAGCCCUGGACCGACUUCUUGGACGAGCAGCGUGCUAUAAUCAGCAUGAUACUGCGCGAGACUGCGGGCGACUCAGCACCCUUGUUUCCAUGUCGAAACCACAUCCAGAUGGUAGCUGAGGACCUCGUGUGCGUCGACUCCGAGGGCGCCCUGCUCUUGUUUGACGCCGACACCCUUCACAAGCCUGCCUCGCGAGUCUCAGAGGCACUCUUGUCCGAUGCUACCAUUAGAAGCACCAUAUGCGAUUUCCAGCGGGCUAACGCUAGUAGUAUUGCCGGAGUGAAACGAAAGCGCAGCGCCGACAUACGCGAGCCCACAAGACGUGGCCCUGCCAACGUAUUCUGCAUCUUGGAGCCCAAGGCACAGAAUGCGAUCAUGGUCAACACCUCCCGCCCCGCUGGCGAGCUCAUCCAGGAUGAUAUCCCUAGGGUUCUGUUCCUCAAGGAGGCAGAGGCCCCGCACAAGCUCACCACAGAGAUCAUCAAUGCCGCGGUCGGCAUACAUAAUGACAAGGUCUUGGAAUCACGCACCAUCAUGGACUACGGCUUAGGCAGACAAGACCCGGUGGUUGCUGCUGGCAGUCUGGAUGCUGAUGCCUGUGAAUACUGCUUCUACACGGGCAACAGUGGGAGCCUGUCCGAGGGUCAUAGGAGGCGGCUCGGAACCUCGGGGUCGGAGAGCUACUGGGCCGAUCAGACCGGUGCUGAAGGAGGAUCCUCACCACCCUCCGACCAGCUAGCCGUGGUAGCCUCUGCCGUAGCGCACUCAGAUGCUGCGCAAAAAGACCGCGGAGAUGGGCCCACGCCUGGUCAAGAUCUCGGGGGCAGCAGCGGCGAUCUCUCUUCCUCGCAACAGUUCUCCGCUGCGGCUGAUGCGCAGCGUCCAACCUUGACCUCCAGUGCGAGCCCAACUGGACAGACAACAGGUAGAGGGUCCCUGUCGAUGCCUGCAUAUCCCUCACCACCACCCCCUUGCGACAGCGCACAUCUCCCGAGGAAGCGGCGGACGGAUGAGCAGAGAUCGCCAGAUGGGUCUGAAAAGCGCAGGAGGCCCGGAGAUACUGUGGCAGCCCCAGCCCCAGCAGCUCUCACCAGCACACCGCUCUGGGCCCGUCCCUUCUGCACACCAACCUGCCUGCGGGCUCUCACUCGCCUGUCGGACCGCCGGGGCGACAAGGGAUGGUCCUUGGACCUUGGCUGUCCCAGUUACCAUGACCAUGCAUGCCACCCAGACACGUUGACGGGUGCGCAGUUUCGCCAAAGGCUACUUGUCCAGCUUACCACGACACCGCAGGGCCAGCAGACUACUGCUGACAGCAGUUACGAGUUCAUAUAUCUCACCUCGGGCUCUGGCUCGUUCCAGGGGCCCGAUGCGCGGGCAAUGCGCCGGGAAGCACGCAUCUACGACCGCCUCCGCCACCUACAAGGGGCGCAGCUGCCUGUCUGCCUUGGCACUAACCAUCUCAUGCCCAGCUGCGAUCUAUGA